GCACUAUCGAACAUUGAGGGCGCUCUUUGAAAACACGUCUUGAGUCCGGAAGUGGAGAAAUGGCGUCAAAAAGCCACUAACUCUCUGGAUGUUUCUUUCUGGCACGAUGGAUCUUGGUCUGUCUAAGAAUACAAUGAUGAAAGAGGAACAGAAGGGUAACCUAAAAACGGAGAGGCAACCGCAGGAUGAUGCCAACAAGUCAAAGCCAUUGAAAUCUAAAUGUGCAGAAAAGAUGGAGGAAAACGCAGUUUCUAAGAGCAGCAAAUAUCUCCCCUCAUUCAACUACCUCAUUAAGAACUCUGGUCAGUACUUCACCUCGAGGCGAGUCGUCAUCGUGCCCUUCGUCUGCGAGGAAUGUGGUGAUGCCUUUGAGAGCAUCUCGGACCUUGUGCAUCACUUCCGGAGCCACUUUAAUGGAAGUCUCUACGAGUGCUCGGUGUGCCUGACUCCCUUCAGCAGCAAACAUUCCUUGAAGAAGCAUAUGAUGGCACACUCUGCAGGAGAGACCAAAGGUGGAAGACUCUGUGAUAGUAAGGGAAGUACUCUUGGGUCGAUUAGGACGGAUGAAGAUGGUGGGGAUGCCGCUUUGUUCAGAUGUCUUCACUGCAGGAAGGCCUUUGACUGCUUGUCCGACCUUGAAGAUCAUGCCGUAGAGCAUCAGAUCCAGGAGCUACACACGUGCCCAGAGUGUGGCAGGUGCUACCAGCAGAAACAUCUCCUGGACAACCACAUCCAGAUGCACCACGUUGAAUUAUGGACCUGCGAGGAGUGCGGAAAGAACUUUGAGAACAAGAAGCGGUUGAUGGUCCAUUACGAGGUACAUAGUGGCAUCCAGGCGGAGAAGCGGCACAAGUGUGAGGAGUGUGGGAAGGCUUUCGUGGCAAAGUCGAAGCUUCUAAGGCACAUGCGUGUCCACACGGGUGAGCGGCCGUUCCGCUGCGACAUCUGUGGCCGGGGAUUCAACGACAGAUCCAAUCUGUUCAUUCACGCUCGUGUCCACACCGGUGAGAAACCCUACUCCUGCACACAGUGUGGGAAGUCUUUCACAGGAAAGAACGACUUGAAUAGGCACGAAAUGAUACACACUGGAACCAAGCCGCACUCAUGCAAGCAAUGCGGGAAGGGUUUCCGUGAAAAGUCCAAGUUGAAACGUCACAUUAAGACACACCUUAUACCCAACGCCAUGCUCAAACCUCACAAGUGUGCUACAUGCGGAAAGGGGUUCCGUGAAAAGUCAAAGUUGAAGAGGCAUAGUAAGAUACAUGAAAGGGAUACGAAAAGUUGAGCGUUCUUCGCCCAUGUUUACUUUGAUUUUUAUCUAGGGAUUUGUCUUGAUUGAGAUUAAUCUUUUUCCAUUAAUGGCUUUGAGAAAUGUGACAGGAAUUCUUCUAUUCAUUCCAAGUUUCUACAGGUGUAUAUUGUUACUUUUAUGUAUGCACUCCAUCAGUUGAAUCUUUAAUCCCAACACAGUCAUCCUAUUUUCCAG